CCUCAAGUGAGCCUCUCAGCUGCCGAGGCGAGUGAUGAUGAUGGCGGAGCUGGUUCAGGGACAGGCCUCGGUGGCUCAGCCCGGAACGAAAGAUGACUUCGCAGACACGAUACGCCGGGUGCGACAGAUGGCCGCCAAGAUGGGAGGAGAGCAGAUGCCAAACCUUCACAGUUCCUCACCCGUCAUCGACCCCUCCCUCUAUGGCUUCGGAGGCCAGAAACGCACGCUGGACAAUGGAGUAAGCAACCAUCUUGGCGCAAUGGUACAUCAAAGGGCUCUCACGACAGAAGACUUCAAAGUGCCUGAUAAGAUGGUGGGAUUCAUCAUUGGAAAAGGAGGAGAACAGAUUUCAAGAAUCCAGCUGGAAUCUGGCUGUAAGAUUCAGAUAGCAUCAGACAGCGGAGGCAUGUUGGAUAGACCCUGCACGCUGACUGGCAGUCCUGAGAACAUUGAGCAGGCCAAGAGGCUGCUGAGUGAGAUUGUGGAGCAGUGUCGCUACGGUCCGGGCUUUCACUGCGAACUGGACGGCAAUGGCGCCAUCCAGCAGAUGCUAAUCCCCGCCAACAAAGUGGGCCUGGUGAUCGGCAAGGGGGGAGAGACCAUCAAGCAGCUGCAGGAGAGAACAGGAGUGCAGAUGAUCAUGAUCCAGGAUGACCCCAUGCCCACUGGUGCAGACAAGCCUCUGAGAAUAACUGGAGACCCCCACAAAGUGCAGCAAGCACGUGAACUUGUGGUCAAGCUAAUCAGGGAUAAGGACCAAGGAGAUUUUAGGGUGGGCAGGGCCGACUUUGGAUCCAAAAUGGGCGGAAGCAGUCUGGAUGUGGUGGUGCCCAGAUUUGCAGUCGGCAUCAUCAUUGGCAGGAACGGAGAGAUGAUCAAGAAGAUUCAGAAUGACGCUGGGGUCAGGAUCCAGUUCAAGCAAGAUGAUGGAGUCAGCCCAGACCGUGUUGCCCAGGUGAUGGGCCAGCCUGACCACUGCCACCACGCCGUGCACCUCAUCAAUGAGCUGGUUCAAACUGCCCAGGAGCGAGAUGGCUACGGCGGCGUGAUGGGUCGCCGCAGCCGAAGUGACUGUAACAUGGGCGGCGGUCUCGGAGGGCUACAGGAAGUGACGUACGCCGUACCCGCUGACAAAUGCGGCCUGGUGAUCGGCAAAGGCGGCGAGACUAUCAAGAACAUCAAAGAGCAGUCUCGAGCCCACGUGGAGCUGCAGAGAAACCCACCGCCCAACACUGACCCCAACGUGCGCAUCUUCUCCAUCCGAGGCACACCGCAGCAGCUGGACAAGGCUCGCCAGUUGAUCGACGAGAGAAUUGGGGCUCCCGGGAUGGGAGGAAACAGCAGCUUUGGCAUGAAUCCUUACAACCAAGGAGCAGCCACUCCUCCUCAGCACGGCGCUCAAACGUUCAUGACCGGAGGAUGGGGGGCAACCUUCCAGAUUUGGCAGCCUCCAGGCCAACAGGACCACAGUCACAAUGGAUCCCAGACAGGCCAGAUGGACUGGGAGCAGUAUUACAAAAAGCUAGGUCAGCAAGGACAACAAGCCCAGAGCACCGCUCCAGAAUACAACAAAGCCUGGGGGCACACUUCGACCCCUGGCUCUCAGCAGGCUUCAAAUCCAGACUUCAACGCCUGGGUGGACUUCUACAGGCAGCCCAUGGCCUACUUUAACCAGGGCGGCCAGCAGUCUCAAGCUCCGGGCCUUCAGGAUCACUAGAGAAAGUCUCAUCGCAGAGGAUGAAGACUGCCUCUUUUUUUUUUUUUUUUUUUUUUUUUUCUCUCUAUAAUUUUUUUUUAGACUCGCAGCGCCUUGAAGAUUUUUCUUAGUGGGAAACACUAGCUGUAGAAUGACAUUAUGAAAAAAUAUAUUUGAAAUCAGCAGAACCUUUAUUUGUUACUAAAUGCUUGUGUACACUGUUAUUUUGAAUAGGGCGUGUUAUCUGGGAUCCGUUUUUUGUUUUUCGCCAAAAUGAAAAGCGUGUGUGUAACAUUUCAGAGGCAAUACGUAUAUAUGAUCUGUUUGUUCCGUUUCUUGCGGCACCAUGUUGAUUCCGCUUAGCAGUCUUGAAUACCCUUUUUUUUUUUUUUUUCCCUCAUAGUGUCUAAUUCAGUGAAAUGAAACUGUGAUGUUUUGUUACAGCAGAAUGUGUUUUUGUUACAUGGUUUAAAGCGAAGAAAAAAGCAAUAGUUCUAAUUUAAUUGUGUCGUAUGCUGUUCUUUCAUGCAUUGUCAUUUUAUUGUACUCACACACGGGGGGGGGGGGGGAAGGUGCAAUAUCUUAUUUCACGUUUGAAAUACAAAGAUGGCUUCUCUAAUAUUUUGUCUGACUUUUAACUUGUAGUUUUAUGAUGUUUUUUUUCUCUCGCUUGAGGAUAAUUUAUUACAUGAUCUGAUUAUAUAAGACUUAGAGGGAUGUUUGCCUUUGCUACCUUGUAAAAGUGUGUAUAUAUAUAUACUGUAUAUAUAUGCUCAUGUAUCUGACUGUUAAUUUAAAAAAAAAAAAAUGUUUCAUAUAGAAAUUAUCUUUCCUACCACCAGUAUUGUAGGAAAAGUGUCCCUCUUUUUUUUUUUCUUCUCGGUUCUUAUUUUCUUAUACUGCUCCAAGAUUGCGAAUGUGAUAGAAAUUGGAUGUUGCAUCUUGUUAUGAAGAAGAAAUAUGUUGCCUUUUUGUUUUGUUUUGUUUUUUUGGGGGGGGGGGGGGGGGUUGUACGUUUUGCGCGUGUGUUCAAGACUGCUAAGCCUCUGUUUCCUUCUACCUUUGCGAUGAUUGAUUGGUUUUUGUUAUGUUUUAAGAAGUGUUAUGAUUGAAAGAUACGCUCUCCUUCGGUACCUCCCGCUUUUGUCCGAUGCUAAUAACUUUUUAAUUAUUUUUUUAUUUCUUUGUUGUGUGAUCUAAUAUAAAAACAUCGACGAUGUCGCGUCGUCAUGGAGAUCUGAUUCUUGUAUUAACGUCAUUUCUUAAUGAAAAGGGAUAUAAUUUGAAAAAAAUGUCUAUGGUGGGUUUACUUUUGGUGUACAGUUAACCAUGUAUUAAAAAAAAACAUCCAGACUACCUUCAUUGUGUACUGUUAUACAAGCUGUUUUUGUUGGUUGUAUUUGUUUUUGAUGCCUGAGAGUUCUAUUGUGUAAAUACAACCAUGAUAGGCCAACUGUGUAUGUUUUAUUAGCAGAAAAUCUAUUUUCUAUAUAGCCUGUUGACAGUUCUCAAAAGUCAGAAUAAAUUUUCCGCAAGCCUCUCUUGUGGUUGACCUCCA